CGCAGGUAGUAGGAGUAGUAGGAACAUAUUCGGAGAUGGACAUGGAGAUGCAUCCGACAGAGAAGGAGUUUCCGAGGAGAAGUUCCGACAGAGACGGGAAGUCCGAAGUGAAAUGGAGUACCGCUGAGGAGAUGGUUCAUGACCCGCCUAUUUCUUAUGAAGUCGAAAAAAGGAAAUUUGUGUAUGACGUACUUGAUGACCCUCCAUUACACCUGACUAUUUUCUUCGGGCUACAGCAAGCAUUACUCUCCCUUUCCCUGAAUUUAACGACCACCCUGUUGGUAGCUGAUCUCGCGUGUGGAUAUGGUGACGAACUCUUAAAGGCAGAACUCCUGAGCACAACAUUGUUUGCCUCUGGGAUGAGUACGCUUCUCAUGGUCACUAUUGGAGUCAGACUCCCUAUAUACCAGGGUCCUGCUUUGGCCUUCGUAACACCAUUGGUGGCUCUCAAGACUCUUCCGGAUUGGAAAUGCCCGAACUUGGAAGGUAUGAAUAACGCUACAGUUGUGGGCGAAUUUAACCAAACAUCAAAUAGCAUGUCACUGCCCACUGACGCUAGAGAGGAAAUACGCUUUAAGUUACAAAUGAUGCAAGGGAGUUUGAUGGUAGCAGGAAUACUACAGACAUUGUUGGGGGCAACUGGUCUGAUUGGCCGACUCCUCCGAUUUAUUGGACCAAUCACAGUCGUUCCUGUCCUCUUCUUGAUCGGAAUCAGUAUCUACAAAACCGCUGUCAAAUUCUGCAAUGCUCAUUUUGGUGUGGCUUUUCUGACUUUCGCUGUGGCUAUGGUGCUGUCUCUUUACUUGGAAGGAAGGAAGACACCAAUUCCAUUCUGGAGCAAGACACGCGGAUUCCAUAUUAUCUACUAUCCCCUCCACACAGUCUUCUCUUUACUUAUAGCUAUCGUCGUUGGCUGGUCGGUCAGUAUCCUACUUACCACCCUAGGUUCUUUCUCUGACGAUCCUAACAGUGCCCAGUACUUUGCCAGAACAGACUCGAGACUCAAAGUAAUUGAAGAGGCCAGCUGGUUCUACUUUCCAUAUCCAGGACAAUUUGGACCGCCCAGAUUCAGUUUAGAUGUGUUCGUGACAUUUUUAAUCGCCACCCUCAUAUCCGUCAUCGAUUCAGUAGGUGACUACUACGCAGUCGCGAGGAUUUGCGAUGUCCCGCCUCCACCAACGCAUGCGGUCAACAGGGGUAUCCUUAUGGAGGGAAUCAUGAGCAUAGUUGCUGGAUCAUUGGGGGCUGGGCAUGCAACUACGUCAUAUGGUCCAAAUAUCGGAGCCAUCGGCUUUACAAAGGUGGCAAGUCUGCGUGUAUUCGUCGCCUGUGGGAUCAUCUACAUUAUCUUCGGGGUGAUUGGGAAAAUUGGCGCUUUUUUCAUCUCCAUGCCGUACUCUGUUCUUGGAGGGGUCUCCAUGGUGAGCUUCGGAAUGUUCGUAGGUUUUAACUUCGCCAACCUUAUACCAGUACAUCUGAACGGCCGCAACAUGUCUAUACUCGGGAUUUCCAUUGUGUUUGGACUCAUGAUGCCUCUAUGGUCAAAGAUGCACUCGAUAAGUACAGGUGUAGUCGACUUGGACAGGCUCAUCAACGCCUUUGUGGGAAAUACUAUGUUCACAGGCGGUUUCAUCGCGUGUGUUCUUGACAACACUGUGUCUGGUAGUCUAGAGGAGCGAGGACUAGCGGCCUGGUUAGAUGAGACAGUGGGGAAGAGUAGUACACGGCAGAAAGCACACUUGUACGAUGUCCCGUACCUACAGGAAAAGCUCGGUCGUUAUAAGUGGGCAAAGUAUGUGCCUUUUAUGUCCGGAUACGGAAAAUCAUUAUAAUAUUGUCUUGUAAAUCAAUUAACAUUUACUCACGUAUAUUUCCUUUCGCCUGGUAUUCAAAUUUGUUUUAAUAAAUAUUUCUAAGAUAUUUGGAUUGACAGAUUUACAUUCCACGCGAAUUUAUGCAAUAUAGGGAGAAAAAACUCGCUCAAUAAAAUUUUAA